UCAAUUCAUUUCCAAAAUCAUAGAAAAUGAGCAGGGGGCUAGAUGACGCUGAUGCCGACGCCUUAUCAGCUCUGGCCACCGCUCCACCACCGUCAACCUCUGGCAACCGCAAAUCACAUUCGCAACAGCUCCGCACCAACACCGGCACCAACUUCAACUUCAAACGCCAUCAUAAACACCGCAAACACAGCCUUGACGAGGCCAGCAUGACCGCGGCCAUGCACGGGUUUCACGAUCCUGACGAAGAUGACGACGGAGAUCGUGACUUUUAUCCGUACGCCACCGUCGACGACUCCAUGACUCAACAUUAUUACUUAAACAACCCUGGCACAAACAAUAACAGUAACAGUAUCAAUAAUAAUGAUGAUAUAAAUAAUGAUAAUGAUUAUUGUAAUAUUAUUAAUAUUAAUGACAUGUCAUCUUCAUGCAACGAGCACCAUCCGUUGCCGGAGUUUACGUCAACGGGUGGUGGAUCUGGAUAUUUUAAAGCUCCGUCGCGGUCGGCCGUGCAUCCAGGGCGGCCGACCGCGGUGGAGCUCAGACCACAUCCGCUACGAGAGACGCAAGUAGGGAGAUUCAUCCGUACGAUUGCGUGUACGGAGACUCAGUUAUGGGCGGGUCAGGAGUGUGGAGUUAGGUUUUGGAAUUUUUGUGAUGCUUUUGAGCCUGGGUUAGGGAUUGGGGGAAGGGCUAGGCGUGGGGACGAAGACGCGGCGCCGUUUUACGAGUCGGUGAAUACGCCACCCGCCACGUGUUUGAUGGUAGACCGCGCGAGUAAGCUGGUUUGGAGUGGUCAUAAGGAUGGGAAAAUUAGGUCUUGGAAGAUGGAUCAGCAGGCUAUAGAUGAUGCUCCUUUUAAAGAAGGUCUUUCGUUUCAGGCGAUUCACCGCGGGACUGUGCUUUGCAUGGUGACUUCUUCGUACGGUGAUAUAUGGGCAGGGUUUGAGAAUGGAGUGAUAAAGGUGUGGCCAUGGGAUUCGGUUGAAAAAUCGCUCGCUUUAUCACCUGAAGAACGCCACAUGGCUGCUUUGCUGGUCGAGCGGUCGGGCGUUGAUCUUAAAAGCCAAGCAACUUCUAACGGUGUUUGUAGCAUAUCUUCUUCGGAUGUCAAGUAUUUGCUGUCUGAUAAUGUAAGGUCUAAAGUAUGGGCAGCUGGUUCUCUAUCCUUCUCGUUAUGGGAUGCUCGUACGUGGGAACUUUUGAAAGUUUACAAUGUAGACGGACAAAUCGAGAACCGAGUUGAUGUAUCUUCGGAGAAAGAUCAACCCCUAGAAGAAGAAGGUAGUGUAAAAGGUGGUUCAAAAUCCAAAAAGGAAAAACAAGGUGGUUUCUUACAAAGAUCACGUAACGCAAUAAUAGGAGCUGCAGAUGCAGUUAGGCGAGUUGCAACAAAGGGUACGGGUGCAUUUGCAGCUGAAGACGCUAAAAAAACCGAAGCCCUUUUGCUCGCUUACGAUGGAACGAUUUGGACCGGAUGUUCAAACGGUUUGUUGGUCCAAUGGGAUGCUAAUGGAAACCGUUUGCGUGAUUUUCAUCACCAUCGUUGUGCAGUUCUCUGUUUUUGUACUUACGGGCCACGGAUAUGGGUCGGGUAUGUGAGUGGUAUGGUCCAGGUGAUAGAUCUUGACGGAAACUUGAUAGCGGGUUGGAUUGCGCAUAAUGGUCCGGUAAUAAAAAUGGUAGUUGGGAACGGUUCGGUUUUUAGUUUAGCUACCCAUGGUGGUAUACGCGGGUGGUACAUUUCAUCUCCGGGGCCUCUUGAUAAUAUUUUGAGACCGGAAUUAUCGAAAAGAGAACACAUGUAUAAUACAAUUGAAAGUGUUAGGAUUAUGGUUGGUACAUGGAAUGUUGGCCAAGGAAAACCGUCUCCCGAAGCACUUAUUUCUUGGUUAGGAUCACAAAGUUCUGAUGUUGAUAUUCUGGUUGUCGGCUUGCAAGAGGUCGAAAUGGGGGCGGGAUUUCUUGCAAUGUCUGCCGCUAAAGAAACCAUAGGUGUGGAAGGGAGUCCUAACGGACAGUGGUGGCAAGAUGCGAUAGGGAUAGCUAUCGGUGAAGGAUCUACGUUUGAACGUGUAGGAUCUAGGCAGCUUGCGGGUCUACUAAUAGCUAUCUGGGUACGGAAGAGUCUUAGAACACACGUAGGGGAUCUUGAUGUCGGAGCAGUUGCGUGUGGCUUGGGUCGUACAUUUGGUAAUAAGGGGGGUGUAGGGUUGAGAUUAAGAGUUUACGACAGAAUAAUGUGCUUUGUAAACUGCCACCUGGCUGCGCAUUUGGAAGCAGUCAACCGUCGGAAUGCUGACUUUAACCACAUUUACAGAAAUAUCACAUUCGGGCGAUCAAUCAAUAAUGCAUCUGGUAUGGCGCGAUACCUGUUUUUGUGUUGCUCUCUUGCCUUCUCCAUAUAUUUAUUUUCGGUGCUUGAAUUUGGCUUGCUAUGGUUGCUCAUUAUUCUUUCAGUUGGUGUCUCUUCUACUGCCCAAAUGCUUCGUCCCGCUACUCCUGUGGCUAUCAAUCCUGAUGAUGGGAAGCCAGAUCUAGCGGAAGCUGACAUGGUUGUAUUUUGUGGUGACUUCAAUUACCGUCUUUUUGGAAUAACUUAUGAUGAAGCGCGCGACUUUGUUUCGCAACGGAGUUUUGAUUGGCUGAGACAAAAGGACCAGCUAAGGGCCGAAAUGAAAAACGGGAGAGUUUUUCAGGGAAUGAGAGAAGCGCUAAUCAGAUUUCCGCCAACUUACAAGUUUGAAAGAGGAAAAGCAGGUUUAGGAGGAUAUGAUUCUGGAGAGAAAAAACGUAUACCCGCAUGGUGCGAUAGAAUACUAUAUCGAGACAAUCGUUCAUCACCAGCAUCCGAAUGCAGUUUAGCAUGCCCCGUUGUUGCUUCAGUUUGGCAGUAUGAAGCUUGUAUGGAUGUAACCGAGAGUGAUCACAAACCUGUUCGCUGCAAAUUCACAGUCCAAAUUGCCCAUGUUGAUAGAUCGAUAAGAAGACAAGAAUUCGGAAAGAUAUUCAUGUCAAACGAAAAAAUAAGUUCCAUACGUGAAGAGUUACGUUGUGUUCCGGAAAUUUCACUCAGUGCAGACAAGAUAGUCCUUCAAAGCCAAGAAACAUGUCCUUUAACAAUCACUAACAAAAGCAACAAAGACGAUGCCAUUUUUCAAAUUUUAUGUGAAGGUCUGUCUGCCGUUAAUGACGGUGAAGAACCGGAGCAUCGACACAGAGGUUCAUUCGGUUUUCCUAGGUGGAUUGAGGUAGCCCCUGCAGUUGGCAUAAUAAAGCCAGGAACCGUAGCAGAAAUCUCAAUACACGUUGAUGACACACAUGAGACAGAAGAUGAGGGGGGCCAACAACAUUGUCGUUCCGAAGACACACGUGACAGGUUAGCUAUCUUGUCAGUGGUAAUUAGAGGGAGCAAAUCAACUGCAACAAGAAGUCACCAAUGUCAUGUACACCACCGUUAUUCUCCCAACUGUUGUAGGGUGGUGCAGCAUGAACCAUCAACAAAAGGUCUCGGUUCUAAAAAACAUCAAAGUUCAAAUCAUCGGUCUUCUGCUAAGUUUGAUGAUCAUCAUCGAAGUAGACGUGAAUGUUGAAUAAUUUAACUAGCUAGCUAGUAGUACAGAAUGGAAAAGAUGUAAAUACUACAUGCUGAUGCAUUGCCAGAUUCCGAGAUUCUUUGUGUUGUUAAGU